AUUGAAUGUUAUAAAAAGUUGCUAUAAAUAGCAUAUAGGAAACCGAAGAAGGGUCUUUAACCCACUUUAUCGCAGUUGAAGAUUUUGGUUAGGGUUCCUCGCCUCCUUCCAUCACCAACAACAACAUCAAGAUGGAAUCACAGAUUAAGCAUGCUGUUGUUGUGAAAGUUAUGGGACGAACUGGAUCGAGAGGGCAGGUGACUCAGGUUAGAGUGAAGUUUUUGGAUGAUCAGAAUCGUCACAUCAUGAGGAAUGUGAAGGGACCAGUUAGGGAGGGAGAUAUUCUCACCUUACUCGAGUCCGAGAGAGAAGCAAGAAGACUCAGAUAAAUGAGUAAUGUUUGUUAUCUUCAAUUUCAGACAUGUUUAUUUCAUUAGCUUUCAUUUGGCUGAGUUUUUCAGUAAACUAAAAUUAUACUCUGUUGACUCAAUGAAGAUGUGGUUCUUGAUUACUUUGAUUUAGUUAUGCAAAUGCUUAUGAUUUGAAAGUA